AUGACAUUUUUUCCCAUCACUGUCCCUCACGUUGAAGGCCUUCAUGAGGGCAUUGAGUUUGCCUAUGAGGUCCCAACAGCUUUGAUCCAUUUGUUCUGUGUUGUUGUGGAUCAAGACCGUAAGCAAAUCCAAGCAAUCCUAAAAGCCAGCUUCCACGACCAUAAGAUCGACAUGAUUUUCUACUACUUUGUUCUUUGGGUACCAGAAUUCACAAGGAAAUUUAGGGUUGGAAUCAAAUCUAUUUACUACAUCACUACAGUUGCUGCUGUGCAUGCGUUCUCUGUGAUGGAUAAGGAAAAUGAGUUGGGUGUUUCUCUAAAGAAGAACCUUGUGAAAUGGAGAGGGAUACUAUCAGAGCCAGGGUUUAUGAGUGAUUAUAUUGAUAGGUGGUGCUGCCGCCGCCGCCGCCGUUCUGCCUCCAUCUAUCACCUUCUGUGCCGCCACUUUUCGGAACUUUUACAGCACAACCCGUUGAGACAGCUAAAGGGUAACCCUAACUUUCCAUCCGACAUCAUACCUGAGAUUCUUUUAAGGCUACCAGUGAAGUCAUUAUGCCGCUUCAGGUGUGUAUCGAAGUCAUGGCGUUCUUUAAUCGCCGACCCCGAUUUCGUCAAGAUGCACCUUAACAAAUCUAUUAAGAAUGAGGAUAUUUUCAACCAAAGUCAAAGGCUUAUAUUUACUGACCUCUCAACCAGGUUACUUUACUCUUUAAACCUCGAUGAAUUUCUCGGUAAUAAUAAUGAAUUUCCCAAUAAUAAUAAUAAUAAUGAUGCAGUAGUUGAUAAUUAUCUUGGUAAAGAUAACGAAAACCAUAUUGAUAAAAUUCAUGCUGAUGAUGAUGUACUAGUGCCCACUGAUCUCCACCAUAUUUGUAAACUGCCAAGUGAUUGGGUUUUCUUGUUGUUUCACUCCAAUGGCUUAUUGUUGUGCCUGUUACAUAACGGCGGUUUCUAUCUGGUUAACCUUGCAACAAGAGAAUCCAAGAAACUUGCAGAUAUACCAGAUGUCGGAAAAGGGUAUUAUUCCAGCUGCGUUGGUUUUGGUUUUGAUCACUCCUCUGGUGAUUACAAGGUCGUUAUAUUAUAUUUGGAAGGUGGAAUUAUGUUCAGUGUCUACACGUUGAAACCUGGCUCUUGGCGAAUGAUUCAAAGGCGAUAUCCCUACCAAGUUGAGCCAAUGCAGAAAGGGAUACUUCUGAAUGGAGCCCUUCAUUGGUUGUUGAUGGAUAGAGUUAGAGUUGAACAUCGGUCGGUGAUUAUAUCUUUCAAUUUAGCAGAGGAGAAUGUCCGAGAAAUUCCACUACCUCUUGCUUCUAUUGAUACGAGAUAUUAUAUUGUUGGGGCCUUCAGAGAUUGCUUAUGUUUAAUACAUAGUGGUACUGAUGGAGGAAUGCACAAUGAGUUUUGGAUCAUGAAAGAAUAUGGCAUGAUGGAGUCUUGGACUAAAAUAAGGAGCCCCAUCUCAUAUUCUGUAUUACGACACCCUGGUUUUUGGAAGAAAAGUCAUGAUCUCUUGGUGUUCAGGGACCGAUUGCUUUUGUGCAAUUCUAAUGGUCCAAGAUUUCGGAAUCGUUCAAUCUCCGGAUUACCUGAAGUUAAAGAAGUUGGGAUUUACUUGGAAAGCCUUGUUUCCCUGAAUAAUAAUGUUGACUGAGGACAAUGUUUAAGUACGUAGGAUAUGGAGGAGGAUGUUAAGAAGAUGAACUCACUUCAUCUGUAUCUAUGGCUCCAAAACAUGGAAUUGUCAUUUAUCUCUGCUAUUUUCUUCGUAUUCAAUUUCCUUGGGGAUGAUUUUAAUGUUUGUUAAUUUUAUUUUA